AUGCAGUGCUCUUCUGACCCGGAACAUCGGACCGGCGCUGCGUUUUCCCACACAGUGCCACCUGUGGAGCUCGAGCCACCGCCAUUGCAAUGUCCUGAUGUGGCUGAUGCGGCCGUGACUAGUGUCCUGGGUAGGGAGGAAAUGGAAAUACCCAGGGCUUAUGUCGUCCCUGCACGAACCGUUAUGGAGGAGAUGGCAACGACAAUCGCACUUGGCAUUCAAGACAGAGCCUCUCGAAAGGCUGCCCCACACAAGGAGUCACGUAGGGGAAUCGUCCUGGUAGAGUAUAUGCCUAAGCGCAUGCCUGCGCCAAGGAAGAUCCUACGUCGUGAACUUCGUGCGUGUGCUGCGUCAGAUAUGGCAUAUCCGGACCUCGAAAAAUUCCUCGACCCCGUCGUGCUAGCCACAGAAGCAGAGCCCGUCGCUGCCAACAGCGACGCACAGAAACGUCAUUCUAGAACGCCAAAGCCCACCCCUGCACACACUCUCCCAGUCACGCAGGAGCCGGAAGACGCUCUCACACCCGCCGCCCACGACCUCAACAGGGCGAACAACCCUGAGGACUAACUCCCACGCCAUGCCAGG